UUCCUCUUUUGUUCUAUAGAUACUCAGAGCACGGCAGAACACAUUCAAACAUCACAUCGUCCUCACUACAUGCACACACAGAGCUCAGGAAGCGAUCACACACACACACACACACACACACAGACACCGUCCGGGCGCACAGCAGAGGAAACUCAGGACCUGUACAAGCGUCACAUCUGUCUUCCUGCUCUCCCUCCGGGCUCAGGUAGCUGUUCGCACAGCCGUCGGACUGACGAUGCCACAGCACACGCGACAUUCCCUGAUCAACGUCCUCCUCUUGUGGACCGCCAUCCUUUCCAUCGUCCAAGUUGUGUUCAUCGUCUUCUACAUCACAGCUGGACACCGCGGUGUGCCUCAGAACAGUAUCGCUGUAGCACCAACGCGCACUAUGCAAUUCCAUGCGAACAACACACCUUCGCCUCCAUCCGAGCAUGGGCUUCUCUUGGGCAAAGGGAAAAUGCUCAGCUUUCUGGCUACUGAUGGUACCGAGGCCCACGACGAUGACAAGAGAAUUAGAUGGUUAGCGAAGAAUCCAGAUGCAACCCUUAUCUCAGAAGGAGAUGUCCUGGCCGUGAAGAAGGACGGCUAUUACUUCCUGAAUCUUCAGGUGACACUGCGCUCAUGUGAAGAGGAAAAGGAGCACACGGUCAGUCUGAAGUGGAACAACAAACUCCUCCUGCACGGUUGGAUUAAUACGAAGUCAUGCAGCACGGGCCUGCUCGGCAAGGUAGAGGAGCUGUCUGCUGGAGGGACCCUGGGGGUCACCCUCGAGCCGAAAACCUCUAUUAAUACGUCUGAAUCUGAAACUCACCUGGAUAUCAUCUACAUGCGCAAGCCGUAGCUCUGACACAAUACAUCCAUUCAAAAAAACCCUUGGCAUCUCCCAGGUCACCUGUCCCAGCCUUACAGGACCCAAUGACCCUGGUCAGAUGCAGAGACGGCAGGACAGAGCGUGCUUAUUGUUCUCAUGAUACCAAACAGACGCGUCUUCCUGCAGUCAGAGAAUGGAUGAAAGUACUGGAUUGAAGCUGGGCCUCAUAGCUUUUAAAUUCUGGUCUACAAAAAGAAAAGAAAAAUCCCCCCCCCUAUCCCCAACUGAAUUCACAUUGAUUCAACGUCCAGUUACUUUUGGACAGUAAAGUAAAUAUACCGUAAAGCAGCUCCAGGAUUGGUCCUGGGUUGAUGACAUCACUACAAAUCUGUUUCUCUGCUGUUGUGCUCAAUGGAACUUCACACUUCUUGUGCCGUAGAAACAACAUGGAGUAAACUGUAGGUUUGGGUGGGGUUUAAAAUGCCUGGGUUAGAAAAGCAAAGUUGGAUUGUUCUCAUCGGUUGUAAAACAGCUGUGACCGAAGACAACACUUUUAAGGCGGUGAACCAGUCUUUACUUGAUUGUUCAAAAUUUAUUUCCUUGUCGGAGAAAAUAGUUUGCUCCAUGAAUGUAUUAUUUUGAAGUGCAACAUCUGGCAGAAAACCUACGUUUUGUUGCCAGACUUGGAUAUUUUCACAGCUCAUUUUGAUAAUUUAUUUCUUGAAAUAUUUGUAACUGUUUUAAUUAAAUAUUUAUGUUGUGCUUAUUUAUUAUGUGGACAUUAAAUAUAUACUGUACAUUAUAUGCAGCUACUCUAUAUAUUGUAUUCAACAAAAUUGUUUGGACAGGUCAUCUAAUAACCAAUGAAUAUAUGUCACUGUGUGACAAUGUGUCACUGUGUAUCAUACAUACAUUGUUAUUAAGUCAGUGGAUAAAUAUUCUAUAUUUCUAAUUAAUGCAAUACAAACGGGAAAAAAAUGGUUGGCAAGUGUUUCAGAAAAAGGGUCAGGAAUUGUGGAUUUAUUUGUUUUGACAUGGUAUUGUAGAAUUUUCAUUUCUUUUCAGUCUGUAAUGAUUUUAAGCAAUGUAAUUCAUUUAUUUAUUAACAAUGUAAACGCAAUCAACACAAUUGCGUACAUUAAUAUUCCAUUUCCGAAUCUGAAUUUGGGAAUGAAAAGUGAGAUUUCUUGACAGAACUAACCUCCGAUUCUCCGUCACUACUUGACGCACAUUGAGACGCCUGGAUCACAAGUUGUGGUGGUUUGUGUGAAAAGUUUCAUGUAGUGAGGUUUUUAAUUUGGUUUCGUCAAGGAUUUUCAGUCGUUGCUUGGGCCCCUGAAAAUAUGUAUACGUCAGCGUGUUUAUGCAUUCAAAAUCAGCCAUUUUGUGUUUUUAUAUUCGACUACGUCAGCGUAGUUACUGUCUUUAAAAUGUGUAACAAUUAAAAACUUUGUUUUCUUAA